AUGGCCUUCUUCACCCAGAUACAGCUGCACUCUCCCAUCUUUGCUGCUCGUACUGGUAGACUCCAAAGAGAUCGGAUCCGACCCAUUGUUCGUCGGCUCCUUGUAGCCACCGAGGGAACCGCCGCCAAAGAUUCAGAAAGUCACCUCCUUCCCAGACUCUACGUGGGGCCACUUCCAGAGUCACCAGGGUCGCUAUCGCGAUACCUAUCGGAUACAUUGGAUUCUGCCAGCAAGGUAUCCAGCAGCAUGACAAAGGAAAGAACGACGCUGCAGUUAUCCAGUGAUCAGUCCCACUACGUGACCAACGUGAUGCGAAUGAUUGGUCCCGGAAGCAAAAAGGGCCGAUGGAGUUAUCAGGGACAGCAACCCUGUAUCAGGAUCUUUGAUGGAAACACCGAAUGGGUGGCUCUAUUGGAUCUUCUGGGCGACCUUGGCGGCGGUUCCAGCAAGAAACGACCCAGACGACAAGAAUACACAGUGGUGGCUCAAUGUCUAUCCCUCCUAAGAAGUAAAACCAGUUCAAACCACCAAAUGCAGUCCGUGGAAAAAGACUCCGUGACUUCAUUGCUCCCCAUUCUGUGCUUUGCGCCACCCAAAAAGAAGGAACGCUUUCAAUGGAUCCUGGAAAAGUCCACAGAGUUGGGAAUGGACGCCUGGUUGUUGCUGAACACAGAUCGGACCGAGGCAACAAGAACCUCGGCUCGAGACUAUCCACGAAAAGGGCAAGCGUAUGUUUCGGAGGCUACGGAGCAAUGUGAACGUCUUUGCCUCCCCCAGCAUCUAUCACUUUUUGGGAGUGGCGAGGAUGAUCAAGAUGUGAACAACGCAAAUUUUAAUGACAUCGACAACCCCACCACUUCACCAAAUUCAUUGACCAGUCUGUGGGACCUGCUGGAUCACUUGAGUAACGACCAAAACAAUCAACAAGUUUCUGUGCUGAUUUGCCGGGAGCGAAGCCCCGAGAGCACACCCAUACUACAGGCUUUGCAACGCAUUCAGUCCCAAGUUAGCACAGAAAAAAACGAGCAGACAGCCAUUGGUUCACCAAUGCACCACCGUUGCAUGGUAUUCAUUGGACCAGAAGGUGGAUGGAGUCCUGCUGAGGAAGACACUUUCGACAGACUUUGCGACGAGAACACUAUGUUUUGGAGUGUUUCCUUGGGGGGCAAUGUCCUGAGAACUGAUACAGCAGCGGUUGCUGCCAUCGCGGCAUUCUCCUUUCACAGUGAUCAGCACCAGUAG